AUGCACCCUACCCUUCUGGAUUUGUCUAACGGGCUCAGCAUAUCUUUCGAUGGACAACUUGAGCCUCCUGUAAACGCUGGAUCUCCAACUCGGCGCAAAUCAUACCUGAACCGGGACUCGUUCAUGCCAACCCAGCAUCAGGUGCAGGGUGAAACCGACCGCUUUUACAUUGAAGUAAAAAUGGCGUACCCAGUGGUGAUUACACAGUGCUGGAGUGGAUUGGUUCCAUUGAAGCCAGACGCCAAGCUUUACUACAACCUGAAUGGUACAGAAAUGCCACCAGACUUGUCUGAGCUCGCGAAAUACUCCACACUCGGAGAUAUAGCAGAAGAAUUAUCUUCAUCAUCUGAGCGGCUUGGGAACGUACAGUUGUAUGCACCGGUUUGGUUGCCGUCGCCUUGGCCUGCAUCGCCAUCGUUAUUUGCAGUGUUUAUCUCUCACGAAAUAGGCGAAUCCGGAAAUGCCUCGCAAUCCUUAUCGUGGUACCUGAAAGAGAGAGAUCAAUUUUCGCGUCGUAGUACGGUUACGGUCACAGCUUGCACGCUAUCCGCUUUCUGGGAAUUUGGAGAAGUUCAACUACAACAGACUUCUACAGAAGAAACCGUCAAGACUAUGUCAUACCCGAAGUUUCUCACGCAAGAAGCACGGCCUGUAACGUUGAAUGUUACCCACAUCGACACGAUCCGGAGAGCAGGAUUUCAUCGUCAACUGUUGGGAGCAGUACCAUCACUUGCAGGUGAUGGCCAACAUCCAUUCGAAAGGAGCCACAUGCCCUUUUCUUUAGGUGCAAUUUUCGCUUUAGGUAUUUCCAAAAUACCCGACAUGGAAAAACAUUAUUCAGCAAAUGCGAGUUUAUUUGAACAAGGGGAACUGGUAUGGUUUCCGCCACCAGGAGUCGACCCAGCCAACACGACUAUGUUCAAAUUUACCUUGACCGACUAUGGGUACGGAUAUGGGACUCGCUCAACAUCUGUUUACCUCGCCAUGACAGUCAUAUCCAUAUACUGCGUCAUCACUAUAAUCUAUAUCAGCUACACAAUCAUUACCGGCUUCUCUGUAACUGCGUGGAACUCUGGAAUCGAGCUAGUCAUGCUGGCAUUGCAGUCAAAGAGACCGGAUUAUCUGGGCCACACAUCAGUCGGCAUCGAUUCAAUCAAGACAUUUGGCGAAAGUGUAGGAAUCAGGGUGAAUGCCGAUGACGAACUAGAGCUAGUCUUCGCGCACGAUCGCGACUUCGAAAAGAGAGGCUUGAGGAAGAUUGAGCGGAACAAGGAAUACUGA